AUGGCCAGUUACAACGCGCACAGAUUAGAUGUGUUGGAUUAUCUAAUCCCCCCAGUAAAGAAGUCUCACGGAGCUUUCAGAACAGAAAUACUGUUCAGUCGAAAUUUUCAAAGGAAAACUGAUGUCAGAUUAAUUAAGGACAUUCGUAAAAAAAUAACAAGAGGAAUUAUAUGCCCACCUGUUGUAUCACAUCCACAGGAUGUGCAGGCUUCUGCUUCUGUAAUACUCAAGAAAACAACUGAAGAAUUGAUUCAUAAACAAUACUCAUUUUUAAACUCAAGGGAUAAGAAUUGUAAAACCACCACAUAUUUGCCAAUUAAUAAAAGAAGAGACAAAGAUCCUGCAGACAAACCUAUGAUAAAAGUAACGAUUAUACCAAAACAAACUGACACUCCGAUGAAAGUUUUUAACAAACGUCGUGAAAGGACAAAAGAACUACAAAACUCCGUUUCAAAUCUAGAAAACAGCGUUCAAAAUAAUAAUUAUUAUUAUAUGGUAAAAGGUAAGCGGCGUGAAAAAGUUUACGAAAUAAAGACGUCCGAAAGUACAAAUUUUUCGAACAAUUCGUUUAAUGCCAAAUAUGAUGAUAUUUCUUUACAACAAAUUACGAGUUCAAAACGGUUAAUAAAUUCUUUGAAUAUGGAGAAAAAGAAACGGAAGACUAAGAAAGCGGUUCCAAGUAAUACAACAUUUGAUGUUAUUGAGGGAACUCAGAGCGUUGAAAAUUUUGCUGAAUCCAAACCAGUUAAUGCUCAUAAAAGUAAAGUCACAAUAGUUGGUCAAUUAGGAUUGAAUCGAGAUGAUCAAUAUAUUUUGAAAUGCGCUGCAACAGUCAAUGAUAAACCUAGUUAUCCCCGGAAUUCAAAUACACAAACUGACUUUCGUUACACCAAUAACGGCAACAUCUUAAACGAUUCUUAUUACAAAGCACAAAGUAUAGAUUAUAAAAACAAAACAGUUCAAUGUCGUUGCGGCAUCCCGCCCUCUGAGAAAAAUAUUUUUAAUAUUCGGGAACAAGAGUAUGCCAUUAAAAAUGGAAAAAUGCCACUGGUUGUAAUAUCUGUUUACCCAAAACAUGGCGAUGAAAAUAAUAUCAUAUCCGUUAAAAAUACCCAUCAACCAACUACAUCUCAGAAGCAAGUUAAUAAUAUGGAUAAUAAUAUUUCAUUUAAAGGAAGAAAGAAACAGCAAACGAAUGAUGGCGUGUUAUCUGCUCCUGUAAAGCAUUACCGGGACGACGAAUGCUCUAUACUAGACCCGAAUGAGAGAGAUAAAGAAAUUAGAGCGUUGUUGGGUAUUGUGAGAAAUACAGGAAAACCCAACAAUGAUGAUUAUAUAGCGACUAAGGGUUACAUAAAAGAUUCAAAAAGCUUAGUAACCGGAAUAAGCGUCUCUAGAUCUGCGAAAAUAACUAUGAGAGGAAAAAAAGUUAAAACUCAAACAAUAUCAAACGUUGCUGAAUCAGAUAACGCUAUAGGUAUAGAGGGAACAGGAUUUCAAGCAACACAACAGAAGAAAAAAUGCUCCCCAGUAAAAUCUUUAUCUGAUAAACUAUUGGAGCAAAUGUUUAACAAUAAGGUUUAUAAAGACGACCAGCAAAUAAUAGAAAAACCAGAAAAUGAUAAUUUUACAAACAUAGAUUUACAUUCAAAACCUAAUUAUAAUAAAUAUGCUAAAAACAAGAAGUUUGUAUUAAAUCGCAACAUAAAAGUAUAUUUACAAAUAGGAGAGUCUAAUAGGGAAAGAUAUAUAGCACUAAACCGAACACAGUACGAAAAGGUGAAACGAACGAUUCAAUGUUCAAGCAAACAUCAUAAAUGUAGUUUCAAUAAUUACAAUGUGGUGUCAAUCGGUGAAAUAAGAAUUAAACGACCGCAAAAAGCUAGUUAUGAUCGCGAAGUGCAAACAGAACGUUCUGAAAUAGAUAGAACAUGUAAACAAACACAGUAUAACUAUAAAACUCAAAUAACUAACAAACACUAUACCAAGCAAACUGAACCUGGUGAUAGAAAUAUAGAAAAAAUAAUUUACACCGCCGAUACAAGUAACGAUAACAAAGUCAGGAAAGAUUUAAGUGAAAGGAAAGUUAAGCCACAAGCAGUCACUCGUCGAACUGUCUCAUCCGUGGAUGUUUGCCUCACAAAUGGAUCCAAAAAGAAACACAUGCCAAUUUCCUCUACAUGUUUUGGUGACGGGGUUCAUGAUAAUAUUCCUCAUAACUCUCCUCAUAAACCAAAACACAGUCCUUCUAUCUAUACAAUUUUUAAAAUUUUAGGUCAUAAGAAGUGUAAUUCUCCAAACUUAGGAGCAUCAGCCUAUUCUUUAAGUUCUGAAGCAAAUGAGUCGAUGAAAUACUUCGAAGUCAACCAGCAGCCUUGUGCUGGCGAUUGUAAACCUAGUAAACCAUUCUUUCGAAGACUCUUAUCAUGUUUGGUGAUGAGGACACCAGAAACCACUGGUUUUAUUGAAGUACAGAAGCAAAAAGUUUCUAUUGUCAACAGUUCAGUCGACGCUUAUCACUUAAGCACUUCUCUGGGUGCAAUGGAGAUGAGUUCGUCUUUAUACGACACGUCGGUAUCAUUCUACAGUAAUCAUUCAGUACCAACAAAUAAAAUGAAGCGAGGUUUUUUCAGUUCUGUGUGGGGCUUAUUCUCUGUUCGACGAAAUUAACUUUACAUUUUAUAAAUUCAUGUCUACUGAUUUUGAUUGUUUUGUUUUUAUUUAGUAUUUUUUAUAAUGUUUUACUAUUGUGUAU